AUGUAUAAUAUUAAAGUCUAUUUGCACGUUCAUUGUUAUCAGAAGUUUGAAAACGAGACAGAUAACAAAAUGUCAAGUAAAAUUGCGAGAUCGGACAUUUUGAAAACGUCAAGUUUCGGUCUACGACCAGGCGGCUUCCUGCACUUCUUCAUCUGGAUGAUGAUUGAUACAUUCCUAAUGCUUUUAAUGACGGUGGGAAUGCUUGUCAUGGUUAACAAAAUAAAUGGCCUAUGUAACUGGAUAACGGAGAAUAAAUGGAUCUCAAUUCUUUUGAUACUACUUGCAGCACUUCCGAUGUUCAUCCUCGCAUUACUCAAAAUACUUAAAAUUCGCCGUGAUGUUGAUCACUUUCUGAUAGGAUUCAGUUUCCUACUAUGUUCCAUGGGAUUCGCCACUAUGUACCGGGGUUUCAAUAUCUUCAAUGCUUCAAUAUCUUUUGGUGUGACGAUAGCACUAACUACAUUUGUGAUCGUUUUGGCUUUAUACCUGCGAAAUUCAUCCACUGCUUUGACCAUCACACUAUUCGCAUUCAUGUGCGUUUUGGUGAUCACUGGAGUCAUUGUGUACGUUGUUCAGAUCAUACAACAUGUACCCCAGCGGAUUUACACAAAUACUAUUGCAGUUUCCUUCGGCAUCGCUGUGGCUUUAGCGAUGUUCUUGACAAUGAACAGACUGCGGUUUUGCAUCUCAUACAAGAGCACUUAUUGCACAAUCAUAUUUCGAGCGUUCUGUUUAUGGCUGGAAAUUCUUGGACUGUUCACAGCAAUAUACGCUAUCUUUGAAAAUAAAAAUCCACCAUGUCCACAAAACUUUUUGACAUUGAUGAGUGCAUAAAUAUCUUUUAACUUGAAUAUUAUAUUUUUCCAAAAAAUAUAUAAUUAAAACAUGGA